CUGCUUAAAAUCUCAAGCCAUAGAAGGAAAAGUGAAAAAUCAAGAAAGCCAUGAAAAUCCAACUUUUCUUAGCACUUCUUCUUUCAUUGCUCCUAAUACUCCCAAUUGCGCCACAGAAUAAUUUUGCAUGUGACAAGAAAAGUCCUGAAACAAGCCAAUAUCCAUUUUGUAAUAUAUCCCUUUCCUAUGCAGAUCGAGCCAAGGACAUCAUUUCACGUCUAACUCUCCAAGAGAAGGUGCAACAACUAGUAAAUCAUGCAGUUGGAAUUUCCCGACUAGGCAUCCCUGCAUAUGAAUGGUGGUCGGAGGCACUUCAUGGGGUGGCCAGUGUUGGUUAUGGAGUACGUUUUAAUGCCACAGUGCCUGGUGCCACUAGCUUCCCAGCAGUGAUUUUGUCUGCUGCUAGUUUUAAUGAGAAACUGUGGUUAAAUAUGGGGCAGGUGGUGUCAACAGAGGCUCGAGCCAUGCACAAUGUGGGUCUAGCAGGGUUGACAUUUUGGAGUCCUAAUGUUAAUGUGUUCCGUGAUCCCAGAUGGGGCCGUGGCCAAGAGACACCAGGUGAAGACCCAUUGGUGGUGUCAAGAUAUGCAGUGAAUUAUGUUAGAGGCUUGCAAGAAGUUGGUGAAGAAGGGAACUUCACAACAGAUGAUAAGCUCAAAGUCUCAAGCUGUUGUAAGCAUUAUACUGCUUAUGAUCUUGACAAAUGGAAAGGUGUUGAUCGUUUUCACUUUGAUGCUAAGGUGACAAAACAAGACCUAGAGGACACAUAUCAGCCGCCAUUUAGGAGCUGUGUAGAAGAGGCACAUGUCAGUAGUGUGAUGUGUUCAUAUAACAGGAUCAAUGGGGUUCCUACUUGUGCUGAUCCAGACCUACUCAAAGGGAUUAUUAGAGAUCAAUGGAAUCUUGAUGGAUAUAUUGUCUCUGACUGUGAUUCCAUUGAGGUUUACUAUGAUAGAAUCAACUACACAGCUACUCCUGAAGAUGCAGUAGCCCUUGCUCUGAAAGCAGGCUUGAAUAUGAACUGUGGGGACUUUUUAGGGAAGUAUACAGAAAAUGCAGUGAAAUUGAAUAAAGUAGAAGAAUCUGUUGUAGACACGGCCUUGAUCUACAACUUAAUAGUGUUGAUGAGACUUGGUUUCUUUGAUGGGGAUCCAAAAUCAAUCCUAUUUGGGAAUCUUGGACCAUUUGAUGUAUGCAGUAAUGAACAUCAAAUGCUGGCACUUGAUGCUGCAAGGCAAGGAAUAGUCCUAUUAGACAACAAGGGAGCUCUUCCUUUGUCUAAAAAUGUCACCAAGAGCAUAGCUGUUAUAGGACCAAAUGGUAAUGUUACUGAUACUAUGAUAAGUAACUAUGCUGGUAUACCCUGCCAGUACACCACCCCUUUACAAGGGCUGCAAAAGUAUGUCCCAACAGCCGCAUAUGAGGCUGGAUGUUCAGUGAGUUGCACUAAUGAGACAGGUUUUGAGGCCGCAAUUAAGGUUAGUUCUACAGCUGAUGCAGUGGUGGUGAUUGUAGGGCUUGAUCAGUCAAUAGAGAGAGAGGAAUUGGAUAGAGAGAACUUGACAUUGCCAGGAUAUCAGGAGAAACUUGUAUUGGACGUUGCUAAUGCAACAAAUGGAACAGUGAUUCUUGUUGUUAUGUCUGCUAGUCCUAUUGAUGUUUCCUUUGCCAGGAAUAAGAGCAAGAUUGGAGGGAUUUUGUGGGUUGGCUAUCCUGGGCAAGCAGGAGGAGAUGCCAUAGCCCAAGUCAUUUUUGGAGACUACAAUCCAGCUGGUAGGUCUCCUUUUACUUGGUACCCACAAGCGUAUGUGGAUCAAGUGCCAAUGACAAACAUGAAUAUGCGAGCAAAUGCCAGUGGUGACUUUCCUGGAAGAACCUACAGGUUUCACAAAGGGGAAGCUAUUUACAAGUUUGGUCAUGGACUAAGCUAUUCAACCUUCUCCAAGUUCAUAGUUUCUGCUCCAUCUACUCUACCCGUCCAAACAAAUUCUAACCUCAACCCACAUAGCAUUCUCUCAACUGAUGACUCCACAGAGAAAUCCCCUUAUGCCAAUAAUCAAGCCAUCGAUGUUUCGACCCUGAACUGCACAAAUUUGGCACUAGUUCUUGUCAUUGGAGUGAGAAACAACGGGCCAAUGAGUGGAGACCAUGUGGUGCUAGUGUUUUGGAAGCCACCAAACACUACAGAGGUGAGCGGUGCACCAAAUAUAGAAUUGGUUGGAUUCAGCAGGGUGGAAGUUAAGAGAGGGAAGACACAGAAUGUAACAGUAACAGUUGAUGUUUGCAAAAGACUUAGUCUGGCGGAUAUUGAAGGGAAAAGGAAACUGGUGACAGGGCAGCACACAUUUAUAAUUGGGUCUUCUAGCGAAAGACAAGUGAGGCACCAUCUUGAUAUUAGGCUGGCUCAAAACGGUACUGAAGAAAAAGAAGUCAUGGAAGGCUUAAUUCCUUAUCUCCUUCAUGCAAUGAAGAAACAAAGGCCUUACAACAGCUACAGGUCUUUCUCCGAAGGCUCAAGCCGUAGCUACCAUUUGUUAGUAGGCGGCGGGGACUCGUUCAAUGGCUCUUCUCACCGGCGAACCAGGUCGGAGUUCCAGCAACCAAACAUGGAGUUUUUGGAGCAAAGGUCUGGUCUGGAUUAUCUACAUUCAAACAGCAUAAGAAAACGCUCGGUGAACUCCAACUCAAUGGCUGCAGGUGGUUCAAAGCUUACCAGUUCUUAUAAUAAUCCUCACUAUGGGAAAAACAAUAUUUUCUCAUCUCAGGCAAUAAAAGUUUCAAAAUGAAAGAAUUUUUUUUUCUAUUAAUUGUAUUUUAUAUUCUUUAAAUGUUGCAAGAUAAAUUAUAUUGUGUGAUGAUUAAGCUAUAGGGUGGAAAUAAUUGUAAUGAUGAGGAGUACCCACCUUGUAGUUGAUGGAAAUUGUAUAUUUGAUCUUAAAGUACUCUGUUUUCCAUGGCAAAUGCCAAUAAU